CCAUUUAGUCUGGAGCAAUUAGUUCUCGAGGCCACGUCAAGCUACUCGAUCUGUUCUUCUACAAAUUAAACCAAAUUCCCCAACAAUCAGCCAUGCUGACACCAAGUUUUCGUGGAGUGCUCUUCGGAUGUCUUCUGCUGGUGACUUGUCAGCCGGCUUUCUCAGCUAGUGCCGGCGACUACGAGGAGCUGUGCCGACUGUUCAAGAACGGCACUCAGAUCCGCAAGCCGGGCACCUGCGACCAGUACAUCCAGUGCUUCGAUGGCGAGGGCACCCUCGUCUCCUGCCCCUCCGGCCAGUCCUUCGAUCCGAACAAGGCCAAGUGCGUGGCCACGCUGGCCAACAGCAACCAGUACUGCGGCAAUCGCUGCGAGGGAUUGGAUGGCGUGUGGGUGUCGGAUCCGACCGAGUGCCACAAGUACUUCUACUGCAUGGAGGGAGUGCCGCUGGCGGGGAUGUGCUCAGUGGGCCAGCACUUCGAGGAGAGCUCCCAGUCCUGCCUGCACGGCGUGGACUCGCAUUGCGUGGACGUGAACAACAUCUGCGAACUGGUGGCGGAGAAAACCAAGUUCCGGAACGAGGACGACUGCGGCUACUACUACGAGUGUGACAAGAACGGCAAGCACAGUUCCCAGAAGUGCUUCACCUCCAAGAAGCGAUUGUAUUUCGACGUGGAGACCGGCAGCUGCGUGGAACCGAACAAGGUGGAGUGCAACGCCCAUUCGAAGAAUGGAAUCUGCUCCAGCUCGAAGGUGUUGACCUUCAAAUCGGACGGAGCCACCUGCCGUGGCUACUUCGUUUGCCAGGCCCUCUACCCUGUCGCCGACCUGGAUCCAAUGUGGAUGCAGUGCCCCGAGGGCUACUUUUUUGACGAAGACCUGCAGGUCUGCGGCAAGGCCACCUCGGUGGUCUGCACUCACAAUAGGUGCGAUGGGCGCGGCACCAUGCUGGUGACCAGCAGCAGCAACAACUGCCACAACUUCAUCCGGUGCGUGGACGGCAAGGAGGUGGAGGAGGAGACCUGCCACUUCGACCACUUCUUCGACGAGAGGAUCGAGGCAUGCAGCUCCACGAUCAUCUACGACAAGUGCUGCGACGACCGCGACUGAGUGGGGCAUCCAAGGGUUUCUCUAUAAUUAUAA